AUGGAAGAAGAAGAGGGAGCAGACGAGCAGCCGGGAGAGCAUUUAUAUAGCCCGCCGUGGAGUCUAUUGCCCCAGGGCUCCAUGACUUACCAUUGGAAUGACGCAAAAAUUAAAUGUCGAGGAGAGUUCUAUAUAGAUUUAAGCUUGAUGGCGUCUGGGGAAGCCGUUGGGCUCCGAAAGCUUCCCCUUAAAGUUACCGAGUUUUGGGCAACUUUAUUCUGUUUCCCCCUACGAAUUCUCGCAGGGAAAGGAGCAACGACUGGAUCCUGCUGGACAGCUCAUUCCCCUUCUGGAGCAAACCCGAAGCAUGUUGUAUUUAGCCUUGCGAAGUACGUUUCUAUCGAGGAAUAUGCAGUCGCCGCUCCCCUAAUCGGGAUAUACAAGGCCGAUGAUAUGCAGGAGAGUGUUUAA